AUGUACAGUUGGGGAUCAGGUAGAAUAGGUCAUGGACCUCUUACAAACAAUCUAACACCAACUCUAUUAAACUUUAAUAAUACAAAACAACAACAAGAUGAUUCUAGUAGUAGCAGUGGUAACGGUUUAAAGUUUAUAUCAAUAUCAGCAGGCAAAUCACAUUCUCUAUUGAUUGAUGAAACAAAUAGAGUAUGGUUUUUUGGAGAUUGUUCAGUUGGACAAAACGGAGAUAGCACAGAGAGGACUGCCACCUCUGUCAAUUAUAUACCAUUCCCAGUUAUAGUCAAAGAGCUGGAUCAAAUCUAUACAAGAAAAAAGUUUAUCAAGGUUGUUUGUUGCGAGGUAUCAUUUGCAAUCAGUCAAGACGGUGAUCUCUAUUCGUGGGGACCAUCUCUUCUCCUAGGCUACCCAGUAUUGAAUGAAUCACCCUUUGUACCUUUACCAACCAAAAUAGUCUUCCCAUCCUUUUCACCAGUCUUUAUCGUUUCAGUAUCAUGUAGUCUACAUCAUUGUUCAGCCAUUACAAAAGAUGGUCAAGUUUAUAUGUGGGGAAAGAAUGGUUAUGGUAGAUUGGGUCUUGGAAAAGAAGAGGAAGAAAUAGAUAUAAUUAUACCAACAUUGAUACCUUUAUUUAAUAAUAUUAAAUCAUCAUCAUGUGGUAUUAAUCAUACUCUAUUUUUAGAUUAUAAUGGAAAUGUUUAUUCUUGUGGUAGUGGUUUAUCAACUGGUUUUGACCUAGACGACCAUGAAAAUCAACCAAGUUUUAUUAAUCAUCCAAAACAAAUUAUUAUUUUAAAUGAGAUAAAAGAAAUAUCAACAGGAUAUUAUCAUAAUAUAAUAUUAGAUAAUUAUGGAAAAGUAUAUGUAUUUGGAGAGAAUAGAUUUGGACAAUUUGGAAAUGGUCAAAUAGAUGAGGGAAGCUAUUUACCAACUACAAUUGAAGAGAUUUUAGAUAUCUUUGCAGUAUCUGUUUGUGCUGGUGCAGGUCACAAUGCAGUGGUUUCAAAUUAUGGUCAAUUGUAUCUAUUUGGAGGAGCGUUGGUUGAAAAUGAAUCACCAACAUUUAGAAUGACCGUUGCACUUGGAGGAUCAAACAAACAAGGAGGAUUUUCAACUGCUCAAUUCCCACUUGAACAAAAUCAAACAACCAAACUUUCAAAUGGAGAAAUUUUAGAACCUACUAGUUUUAUUCAAAAUAGCACAGAAGUUGAAAUGGAUGAUGAAGAAAGAUUUAAAAUUGAUUGUCUGCUAUCAGAACAAGAUCAUAUUUUAGAAUCAAUUGAUAAUCUUUUACCACAACGUAUAAAUGAUAGAUUACUGGAUAAUAUUCAUUUAAUUUCUUGUGGUCAAUAUCAUACAUUGGCUUUUAAUGAUAUUUUUAAACCAAAAAGAAUAAUAUCACUUGUUGAUAAAUGUAUAAAUCAUUUGGCAAGAGAUAUAGAAAAAUUUGAAAUAGAUUUAAAACAAUCAAUACAUUUUGGUUUAAUAUGUAAAAUUAAAUCAGAAAUGCAAUUAUCUAGAUUACAUGAUCGAAAUAGUAGAAAAUUAUUUUCAAACAUUUUAAAAGAUUAUGAAAACAAAGAUGAAAAUAAUAAUUGGAAUCAAUUGGUCAAUGCAAAAGAUAUGGAAUGUGAAAUAGAAAUAAUAAUCAAUUUAUUAGAUAAAAAUAAUAUAGAAAAUAUUAAAAGUAUUAAAAUUAAUAAUAUACAAGAUUAUAUAAUUUUAAAAAAUGAAAAUCAAAAUAUUAUUUCAAUGACUAAAAAUAAGAAAAUAUGUUUAAUUGGGAAAACAACAACAAUGAUUAUAUGUGUAUUAUCAACAUUACCAAUUUCAUUAUCCAUAAAACAUUUUGAUGAAAUGAUUCAAUAUUUUAUUUCAUCUGGUUAUUAA